AUGGAUCCUUCCAAUCCAUAUUAUCUUCAUCAUGGAGAUAGUCCAGGCAUAAUGCUUGUUACUCAACUCCUUACAGACAAUAACUAUAACACAUGGCGUCAUUUCAUGCUCAUGGCAUUGACUGCCAAGAACAAAGUCUGCUUUAUCGAUGGAUCUCCUCCAUCUCCUCCAGACACUUCUCCCUUGUUUCCAUCAUGGACUCGAUGCAACAAUAUGGUACUUUCCUGGUUACUCAAUUCUCUUUCUAAAGAGAUUGCUGCUAGUGUCAUUUAUGUUGAUUCUGCCAAGGAGAUGUGGUCUGAUCUUCACGAGAGAUUCUCUCAAGGCAAUGGUCCUCGGAUCUUUCAAUUACAAAAUUCCAUUGCCUCUCUUACACAAGAUGAUCUUUCUAUCAGUGCGUAUUUUACUCAGAUGAAAGGACUUUGGGAUGAACUGCUGAACUAUCGUCCUCUACCUGUUUGUUCUUGUGGUGGUUUGCGAUCCUUGAUGGAUAUGCAUCAACAGGACUAUGUCAUGCGUUUUCUGAUGGGAUUAAAUGAUUCCUAUUCGCAUGUUACAGGUCAAAUCCUUCUCAUUGAGCCUCUGCCUCCUAUUAACAAAGUUUUUUCUCUGGUUCUUCAAGAAGAAUGA